UUGUUUCCCAACACUUGGCCGCCCAUCGGAGGUAAAUUUAGCACAGAAACAAUCGUAGUCAGAGGUGGAGUGUCAUGAGAAGGAAAGAAGACAUGACUAUUACUGAAGUAAAUGGAGCUCCAAACAGGCUUGAGGGAAGGUUUAGUGCAAUGGUAGUAUGUUGGAUUCUUGGAUUGGGAACCCUCGUGUCAUGGAACAGUAUGCUGACAAUUGGAGACUACUAUUAUGAAUUGUUCCCGAAAUACCAUCCUUCCAGGGUACUUACCCUUGUUUAUGAGCCAUUUGCAUUGGGUACAAUCGGGAUACUUUCAUACUAUGAGGCAAGGAUUGAUACCAGAUGGCGUAACAUAUUGGGAUACACCCUUUUCUUCUUGAGUACUUUGUUGCUCCUAGUUUUGGAUUUAGCCACAUCCGGAAAAGGAGGGAUUGGAACUUACAUUGGUAUAUGUGUCAUAGUUGCUGCUUUUGGGGUUGCAGAUGCUCAUGUUGAAGGUGGAAUGGUGGGAGACUUAUCAUUCAUGAGCCCUGAGUUCAUCCAAUCAUUUCUAGCUGGUUUGGCUGCAUCAGGGGCUCUCACCUCUGCUUUGAGGCUAGUCACAAAAGCAGCCUUCGAAAAAUCUGAUAAUGGUCUUCGCAAGGGGGCAAUGCUAUUCCUUGCCAUCUCCACAUUCUUCGAGUUUCUAUGUAUAUUUCUUUAUGCAAUCUACUUCCCCAAACUACCAAUUGUGAAGUACUACCGCUCAAAAGCAGCCUCAGAAGGAUCAAAAACUGUUUCAGCUGAUCUUAAAGCUGCUGGCAUUCAAACACAGACUGAAGAUCAUUCUAAAUCACUGGAGCGGUUGAGCAACAAACAGUUGUUCUUUCAGAACAUAGAUUAUGCGUUAGACUUGUUUUUAAUAUAUGUCCUGACUCUUUCGAUUUUCCCCGGGUUCUUAUAUGAAAACACUGGAUCACACCAGCUAGGUUCAUGGUAUCCACUUGUUCUGAUAGCAAUGUACAACGUCUGGGAUCUAAUAUCAAGAUACAUUCCCCUCGUGAAGUGCCUGAAAUUGGAGUCAAGGAAGGGCCUUAUGUUUGCAAUACUGUCCCGUUUCUUGUUCAUCCCUGCAUUUUAUUUCACUGCAAAAUACGGUGAUCAGGGAUGGAUGAUAAUGCUUGUAUCCAUCUUGGGACUAACCAAUGGUUAUCUUACCGUUUGUGUCCUCACAGUGGCUCCCAAAGGCUACAAGGGUCCGGAGCAAAAUGCAUUGGGCAAUUUGCUAGUGUUAUGUCUUUUAGGUGGCAUAUUUGCAGGGGUUGCUCUUGGCUGGUUGUGGCUAAUUGGGAAUGACAAAUUUUGAAGAGCCAAAUUCUUGACCUUGAUUAAAAAGUCAGUUCCCCACACAAAGUACUUCAAAUCUGGAUGGAGAUAAAGCAGGAGCCAAACUGAGUACUACAGGAAAUUACUGCUGGGCUCGCAGCAGAAUCUGAAUGCAUCACUAAUUUAUUGUUAAAAGCUGUCCAACCCUUCAACUGGAAUGUGUUUCCAUGUAUUAGAAAUGUGAUGAUUUUUCGUCUUUUUUCGUUGUAUGCCAGAUGAUAGUUUGUGUGGACAUGAUAAAUAAAGAUCAAGAAUUGUUGUCUUA